GUCCUUUCCAACCAUAUUCAACGUAGAAAGCCACCAGUACUUCUAAAGCCUCAUUGACAUCUCCAGCGCCUACAAUAUUUUGCGACAUAUUCAACUCAUCGCAGUCGCAAGUAUACCCCUCAGUAGGCAGCAACGCUACUGCGAUUAAAUCAAAGUGCAUAUUCCAUGUAGAGAAGCGUGGCUGGCCUUGCAGGAAUUGGUGAAGAGCAUCGCGCAGCUUUGAACCAUAUCGCAAGGCUGAAAGGUGCCUAGCGAAAGCAAUGUGGCACAAGCCACUACUUCGGUCACUUCGGUGUCUCGAGUACAGAUGCGCCAUGUAGAAAUGGGCGUUUUGAAAGAAAAGCAGUCACACAAGGCUGGAACACCUGCGACCUUAAAGAACCCCUCGAUGGCCCAUUGAAAUGGGACUCUUUCCUUACAACUCCACGGCCGUCUGCGCUCAAUUCGAUAUUGUACUUGAACGAACGUGCUAUAUUGCUCGCAUCACUCAAAAUCAUAUUGAGGAUCAUCACGCUGAGAAGAAAGGAACAUCGGCGCAAUGGGCCUGCUUGGCAAGAGAUUCUCAAGCAAAAGUCGACUGUCUUUGAUCGAUGAGUUCAAGGGAUUAAAGCCGAAUGUGCCAGAGGGGAGUAACUUAGACGGACCAAAGGCAUUUCAACAGCAAGAUUUCGAAGAACAGCAAGAUUCUCUCAGAGUAACGAUACAACAGCAUGAAAUCAAAAUUCAGGAGCAAGAGCACAUUGUGAAUGAUCUUACUAAGAACAUUGAGCGUAUGACAGCCGAAGAAGAUCUCCUUCAUGGGCAAGUAUGGACUUUCUCGGAACAACUUAGCAAAGCCAAAACGGAUGCAAACAAUCUUCGGAAUCAGGCCACGACACUCGAGGAGCAGAACAGGAAUCUGAACUGGCAGUACCAGGCCAUAUCUACCAGCAUGAAUGAUCUGAAGAGCGCCUGCAAUGAUAAAGAUCAAGAGCUAUCGGUUAGAUCAAAUACAAUCCAGGUUCUGAGUGGACACAACCAGCAGUUGCAGGGGAGGGUCGUCCACCUGGAGCGAAUUGUUUCUUCGACAAGCCAAAAUACCGGAACCGAUAUUCGAACGUUCUUUGAAAGUUAUGCCGAGAUGGAAAAUGCACAUAGGGACCUAUCAACAAAACACGAAACAGAAGCUCGGGAGAAAAUGCAGCUGCUGGACGCGCUUGAGGAAAUGGAGUCGGAAAACGCUUCGCUGAAGACAGUCAUCGAAGAGCUGCAAAAGGAUGCAUCUGGCCUCGAGAUUUGCCAGCCGCAGACACUGAGAUCGCUAUUGACAAUGAGGCUUGUUGAUCAGGCUCUAAUUACUACCGAAGUUGAGAGCCUAUCCCAAAAUCGCAACUGGUCGCCCACAGAAUUACCACAGACUUCGUUGGAUACCCCACGUAGCCCGAGAGAGAUUCAAGAACUCGCGAAUAUGCUACCAACAGGGCCCGACUACGUCCACUUCUACAAACGAAUGAGUUUGGACAUCUGCUCUCUCUGUACGAAGCCGAAAUUCAAGGUUAAAAGCGAACCUCGUCAAAACUCUUCAGCCUCAAAGUGGCUGAACGAGUACCUUGGAAACACCCGGUAUUUUUCAUGCUGUUACGAACAGGUGUGCAAAGAUUGCUUUACUAAACAUGUGCUUGAGACUCUUCAAUCGAAGUGGUGGUAUAAACUAGAAACGCUAUCAUGGUUUCCUUGUCCAAGGGCAAGCUGUAGCGAAGCUCUCGGCAUACGAUGCGAGGCAGACCUGGAAAUUUGCCUGGAAAGGAACUGUGAUAUAGAGGCAGAGGAUCAUGUCAAAAUGUAUAUCAAGGCAAUGGCAUUCCGACAGGCUUUACAAGGACUCGAUCCAAAGCCAGUUGACGAUAUGUUGGGAAAGGCUGCGGUGCUAACGAAGCAGCUGGUUGAAGCAAAUCGGAUGUACAGUUUAUUUGAUACAAGGUUCGAUGCGGCAAUGGUUGACGAGACAGGAUGCAUACCAGAGUUUAACACGGGAACGAUAUACAACGCCGCGCUUGACAAUGUAUCAUCAUCAGUCCCUAUAUUUCUUCGAUUCAUUCGCCGCCAAACCAGUCCCAAGUCAUGCAUGGUUUGCAGCAAGACCAUGUUCGAGAUCGACUAUGGAGAUGUACAGACAUGGAAGGCGGCUUGUGAAGGAUAUGGGGGUUCUUGGAUGUGGAAUAUACUUGUAUUUCCCACAAGUGAGACUCAGAAGUGCGCCCACGAUUUUGAAGUUUGCAGGUCUUGUACAGCAGAGCACCUGCGGGGUGCUUUGACUAGCGGGGGCCCAUCGGCUUGUGACAGUCUCUCCUGUCCUCAAUGUUCCCGAGUGCUUACGUACCAAGAGAUCCAUCAACUUGCUGACACGGAGACCGUGGCAAAGUACGAGAAGUUCAUGCUUCAGACCUUCUUGUCACAGGACCCCAACUUUCGUUGGUGUCUAAGCCCGCUUUGUGAAACUGGACAAUUGUAUCAAUCGCCUCCAAGAAAUCCACAAACCUCGUGCGAAGAAUGCAACUUUGAGAUGUGUUUCAAGCAUGAGAUGCCUUGGCACGAAGGGCUAACCUGCGAUGAGUACGACAGCAUUCGAGAACAUGGGGAUCCGAGCUAUGGAGAAACACAAGAAUGGAUCAGAACAAACACGAAGCCAUGUCCAGGCUGUCAAGUUGGCAUACAAAAAGGCGAAGCAUGCUUCCACAUGACCUGUUCACAAUGUAAUCACGAGUUUUGUUGGCAAUGUCUCGCGAAUUGGACUGAAAUCCGAGCCAAUGGUCAAACGGGACACCGUGAAGGAUGUUUCUUUAGAACGAAUGAUGUUCGUCCUACAGGUCUCAGAGGGGAAACCCUACAAGACGCUCUUCGUGCUAGAGAUGGAUAAAUAAGAUAAUUCAGUCAUUCAGAAUACCACACAGGUCUCCACGUUAUCAGAUGCUACUCAUUUACGAACUUUCUGCGGGGGAAAAAAUUAAGAGGCGAAGGCAAAGACGAAGCUCAACAUGUGACGGUCAUUGUGUGAAACGUCUACGCUGAACAUUAUUUCUGACAUCGGAUCAUAGGGCGACACCACAAGCUGUGGUGAAAUCCUAUUAUAGCACCACACUUAAAUGCCGA